CAAAGGUUUUGGGGUCUGAAGAACAGGACAUCCAACUUGAUGGAUGCUGUGAUGUCAGGUUGCAAAGUGGAUGGCGGUGGCGGCGGUGUUGCUGUUCUGCGGAGGUCCCAGGCCAGGGAAGGGGUGGCCCAACGAGAAGAAGAGCAAGAAGAAGAUGGAGAUGAAGACCUCCGAGACGGAGGAGUCCCUUUCUUUGUGAACCGUGGAGGGCUUCCCAUCAAUGAGGCCACCUGGGAAAGAAUGUGGAAACAUGUGGCCAAGAUCCACCCUGAAGGAGAAUUAGUAGCUCUGAGGAUCCGGGGAGCCACUGAUCUACCCAAGAUCCCCAUACCAAGUGUGCCUACUCUACAGUCAACCACUCUCAUCCCUGAGCGCUUGGAAACUAUACAGCGCUAUAUCAGGGAACUUCAAUACAAUCACACUGGGACACAGUUCUUUGAAAUCAAGAAAAGCAGGCCUUUGACUGGGUUGAUGGAUCUGGCCAAAGAAAUGACAAAGGAAGCCCUGCCAAUCAAGUGUUUGGAGGCUGUGAUCCUAGGAAUUUACCUCACCAACCACAUGCCAACACUGGACCGCUUCCCCAUCAGUUUCAAAACUUACUUCUCAGGGAACUACUUCCACCAUAUUGUGCUGGGAGUGAACAUUGGGGGCCGCUAUGGGGCACUAGGCAUAAGUCGACGCGAGGACCUCAUGUACAAAGCUCCCACCUUCCGCACUCUGAGUGAGCUUAUUUUUGACUACGAAGAGGCAUAUCGGUGCUGCUGGCACACCCUCAAAAAGGUGAAGCUUGGCCAGUGUGUGUCCCAUGACCCACACAGUGUGGAGCAGAUCGAAUGGAAGCAUUCCAUCUUGGAUGUGGAGAAGCUGAGCCGUGAGGACUUCCGCAAGGAGCUUGAGAGACAUUCCCGUGACAUGAGGCUAAAGAUCAGCAAAGCUACUGGGCCACCAUCACCCACCAAGGAUAGGAAAAAGGAUGUACCAUCGCCACAACGAAGCCAAUCCAGUCCACAUCGCCGCAAUAGCCGGACAGAAAGGCGACCAUCUGGAGAUAAGAAACCUACAGAACCCAAAGCCAUGCCCGACCUUAAUGGUUACCAAAUCAGAGUAUAAAGAACUUCUCAUUUGUGGACCAUUUGGUGGAAAGCAUUUGAACCAACACUACCUAUAAGAUGUGCAGUGUGGGAGGGGAUGCAGAGGGUACAAAGUGCAUAUUUUCCAAGGUAUUUAUUUACUCGGGGUGAUAGCCUGUGUAUUAGAGGACAGCCAUGUCUUUGCAUUAUAUCAGAAACUAAAUACACCAACUAAAAAAACAAGCAAAAAAAAAGAUCUUCCACCAGUUAUUCAUUGUUCUACAUAGCGGCAAGAGAAGAUACAUUUUGGAAAGUAACAGUAAAAGCCCUUUCGUUGCUGUUUCUCAGCCCACACAGAAGUAGAAUGCUUUUGACUUCAAAAAGCCCCAUAGUAAGCUAUAUGUCUCCUCUCUGCUUUCGAAGGAACCAGGUUAGCAGGAGAUCUCAGGAGAUAGACAGGGGCUAGGAGCAAAAAAAUAAACAAAAAUACUGACUCCUAUGGAAGAAUUUCUUAAUUUGUAUUUUCUGAGAAUUUUAAUAUUUUUAAUAACUU